GUGUUUUCCCCGGGAAUGAGCAAAAGUUACAAUUUUUCUUGUUUUCUCUCACUAAGAAAACACUAUCACCGUAGCACUAAAUCUAGACCGUUGAAGCUCAAUCAGACGGUAAGGCAAAAUGGUACGUACAAAUCUUCCCACGAACACCACCAGAUCCGAAACUCUGACUGCGCAGGCGCGCCAGCCCACUUGGUGCAGCGCAGAGCAGGCUGAGCAAAGCCGAGCGCCGGGCAUGGCGGCAGCCCCCCACUUCCCAGACCCGCCUCUAUAAAUUCCGCGCCCCACCCCCCGCUUCUCCUCCAAGUUCCAUUCCCCAGCAACCGAAAGCUCUCCCCAAACCCACCGCGAAUCGCACCCAAAUUCGACCGGGGAAUCGCGCCACCCGGGCCCCGCCAGCCACCAUGAGCUUCUCGUCGAUGAGCAAGCAGCAGGUGCUGGACGCCGGCGAGGGCGCGGGGGAGGAGGUCAUGGAGCUGAUCCCUGGCCUGCCGGAGGAAGUGGCCGAGAAGUGCCUCCUCCACCUGCCCUUCCUCUACCACCGCCUCUUCCGCACCGUCUCCUCCACCUGGAACCGCUUCCUCACCGACGCCCCCGCCAAGCCGCUGCUGCUCGCUCCCCCCGCGGCUGCGGCGGCGCCCGCGGGGUCGGUGUCCUUCUCGCUCCCAUUCCUCUUCGCCUUCGCGUUCGACCCAGCGUCGCGGCGGCUCCAGUGCCAGGCGCUCGACCCAUUCUCCCGGAGGUGGCUCCUGCUCCCGCCCGUGCCCGGCGGCGCAGCGGCCGGGUCGUUCGCGGUGGUCGGGCUCCCCCGCCGCGGCGAGAUCUACGUGAUUGGCGGCGUCGAGGAGGGCGGCGACAAGGCCGUGCGCAGCGUGGCGGUGUACAGCGCCGCGCGGAACGGGUGGGAGGAGGCGGCGGCGAUGCGGACGCCCCGCGGGUACAUGGCGGCCGGGGAGGUGGGGGGGCGCGUGGUGGUGGCCGGGGAGGACGGGGAGGCGGAGGUGUUCGACCCGGAGGCCGGGCGGUGGCUCCCCGCCGCGCCGCGGCGGGGCGCGGCGGUGGCGCGGUACGACGCCGCGGCGGCGGGCGGGAAGCUGUACGUGACGGAGGGGUGGGCUUGGCCGUUCGAGCGCGCGCCGCGGGGCGCGGUGUACGACGCGGCGGCCGACUCGUGGCGCGAGAUGGCGCGCGGGAUGCGGGAGGGGUGGACGGGCUCCUGCGCCGUCGCCGGCGGCCGGAUGUACAUCGUGGCGGAGUACGGGGAGUGGCGCCUGAAGCGGUACGACGAGGCACGGGACGAGUGGCGGAUGGUGGCCGGCGGCGGGGUGCCCCCCGGGGUGCGGCGCCCGCACGUUGUCGCGGGGGAGGUCGGUGAGGUCGCCGGCGGGAGGCGGAGGAUAUACGUCGUCGGCGCCGGCCUCGACGUCGCCGUGGGCACGGUGUCCGCCGCCGCUGCCGCCGGUGCCCCCGGCGUCGAGGAGGAGGUGGUGGAGUGGGAGGUCGUCAAGGGCCCCGCCGAGUUCGCCGGCCUCGCGCCCUGCAACGCGCAGGUCCUCUACGCAUGAUGAGGCGUGCCCGCCGGGACCCCGCCUGUGCGGGUGGAACGUCUCUGUCGCCGGGCGACGGACUACUACGACUUGGCCCGGAGCUACUACGGCUUGGCCCAAACCGGCGCACCCACGGAACCACCAAGCCCGUCGCCGGCGAAGCGUCGUGCUGGUCCACGUGCCAGCGGAACGUGACGGCCUCCAUCGUCUCGCCGGCAUGAGCGAGUGGCUCGCUGCUGGAAACCCACACCCAGUUGGAUUUUCGGAAGAAGAAAAAAAAUAAAGAAAACCUGUAUAUUACUACUAUUGUAUUUCUGGAGGAACAAGAGAAGAGGAAAAACGAAGAACGCGAUGCGAUGUCCUCGCAACAAGAGAGAGAAAGAAAGGUUUGUGAAUUGUGAUGAGUGAGAUGAUGCGAAGUGAAGUGAAAUUGACGUCGACGCGAUAGCCAUUUAGCCGAAGAGGCAAAAAA